UUGCAGGGCGAAUUGGUGACGUUUCGUCGUGAAAUUGAUGAGAAUUGGCUCGAAGGUACGAACUAUCUUGGAGAAAUCGGCAUUUUUCCCAGGGCUUACGUGGUGCAACUGGACGACAAUAGGCAAAUUGAUGAAACUACUGGAACAUCUCCAGACCGGCCAAAAACACCGAAGACAUUUGAAAAUGUACAACCGCAUGGAGUAUCAAAAUCUAAUUCUUGUGGCGCUCUACAUCAAUCCCCAGCCUCGUCCCAACAGACACCAAACCAUGUGGAUAAUCAAUUGUUAGCUUGCGCUAGCAGCGAAAGGUCUGGAUUCGGUACACUUUUUUUUCGAAAAAUCACUACUGGAACAUCUCCAGACCGGCCAAAAACACCAAAGACAUUUGAAAAUGUGCAACCGCAUGGAGUGUCAAAAUCAAGCAGCGAAUCUCGGCGGUUAAGCGGCUGUUCCUCAAUGAGUCUUAACAAGAGGUUUAGUAGUUCAGCUCAUGCGAAUUCGGUGCAGAAGUUUUACGGCGAAGGCGUACUUACGCGCGGCCAAAACUUGCUCGGCAAAACGCAAGUAACCGUUAUUUUGAAGUUGAAGGAGUCCUGCAUACGCCACUAUCGAGCUCUUUAUCGAUAUGUCCCUGCAAAGGACGAUGAGAUAGCUUUGGAGGUUGAUGAUAUUGUUUUUGUUGUGGAGAAAUGCGAUGAUGGAUGGUUUAUUGAGUGUUUAGGAACGGUAUUGCGAACUGGACAAUUUGGAACAUUUCCUGGAAACUACGUCGUUAGACAUUAG